CGGGGCUCUACGACCGGCGGGUACCUGCAAAGCCACAGCCGACUCGACUCAGUUUGCAGUCGGUUUAAACUACACAGGUACUACAGUUAAGGUGCACCGCUGCUCUCUGUAUUCGUGGUUCAUAAUACGAAUAACCGAGGUACAAAAAGUUUGGAGCUGCUAUGUUUGUGAGACGGGACUUUUUUGAGGUUUUUGAGUGGGUUUUGUGAGUUUUUUGGAUACCAUCUUCGUUUGAACGAGAAUGUUUUUUCUUCUUGCCUGUCAUCAGACGUCUCUCGAGAAUUUAGUUUUGGAAAUUUGUUGAGAUGCCGCUAUGAACUUGGGCUCUCUGAGCAACAUUUCGUCGAGGAUAGGUCGCCGCCCCAUUAGUAGAUCGUCGACUUUGGCGGCCUUUUCUGACAGCCCGCCCCUGGACGUCGAAGCAACUAAUACAGCUGAAUCCUCGCCCACCUUAGGCAUCGCGAGAUCCCCAAGUUUGACUACUUUGCAGCCCACUAUAAGCCAGCCCAGAAUGGCACAACUGGAGACCUUAGAAGCCAAAAUGGCUAGUAUCGAGGUAUCCCUAUCAAGCACACCACGUCGAAAAAAGAACGGCAGCCUAAGCCUAGGCUCCUCCAUCCGUUCAAUCCCCAAGGAACUAGCAGCUAAAGAACUCGAAAACCUUCGCAACGCCUUGCGCGACAAAGAGAACAUCAUACAGAGCCUGAAGGGCCAACUAACAGUCCCUGGGGUACGCCUCAACGGCAUCAGAAACAACAAUAAUAACAAUAACAGUGGCAAUAUGAAUGGCGGCAGCAAUAGAGAAUUGAGUGAGAUUGAGAAAAAACAGGCUGAGGAUAGGUUGAAUAGGUUGAAGACGGAUGUGGAUAACAAAAGGUUGGCCAUCAAGAAUUUGAAGAUGGCUUUGGAGAGACUAGAUAUUACAGAUAAUAUUGAUGUGAGGAUACAACAAGCAGAGUUGGAGUACCAACUGGGUCGCGAAGAAUUGAAUCUUCUAACGCUUUUAGAAGAAACACGCGCACUUCAGUUUUGUAUUGAAGAAUCAAACAAAAAUUCGUCUGAAGCCCAUACUUUAUACAGAUGUAUAUUUGGAAAUGGUCUUUACUUCCUUCAAGCAAUCGAAGUUGAUUAUGAUGUCAAAAGUCCUAAAUUUGGAGCUGGCCAAAAAGAAACAACUCCAGGACUUUGGAUAGAUUGGGCUUUGGAAGAUACAGGAUUGUGUAAAAAUGAUAGACUGGUCGAGGUAAAUGGCAAAAUAGUGCUGACGAAAACCCGAGACGAUCUCACCCGAUUGCUGGCGGCCGCACCCGAUCAAGCGCAACUUGUCGUGUUGAGAAAAUUGUCGCCUGAAAGCCCGGAAAUCAGCAAUACGGUGCUGAAGAAUGGGCUAAACGAAGUCAACGCGCUCAGAAGUGAGCUUGAAGUGGUACGUGAAAGGGCUGAAGAAGCCCAGAAAGUUAAAGACGGCCUUAGAUCGGACAACAUAAGGCUGACGCAUCGUAUAUCCUAUCUGGAAGAACAGGUAUCUGAACUUCUGAAUAGAAGGCCAUCCGAGGCCGAUAUAAGAAUAGUAACCCCAAAACCGGUGAUUUCAACGGUUAAAACAACACAGAACGUCACCAAUAUAAACAUCACGAGUCAAAAAGAUAUGCAGGUGUUCCAAAAUGCGCAAAGAUCUAAAAGUAGUCUAUCUAACGUAUCGAACACUCAUAUCCCCGCACCGAGUCCACAGCCCGACUUUAACUGCCACAAAAACCACCGGCACAAACACAGACAAGGCAGAAAUAUGUCAACAUCGAAUCAGAAUCUCGAUGAUAAGAAUCACUAUAGAAAGCACAGUCAUCAUCAUCAUCACCGGGAUAAGGAUUACAACAGCGAAACGAAUUCCGCUAUAGACGUGACGAGAUACAACAAAAGAAACAUGGAUAAUAACCACAGGUAUUCCGGUGAUUUCACCAAGGCGAACUCCGAAAGGGAAUACGCCUCGGACGUGAUGGAUCAGAGCUUCAAAAAAGCGACCAAAAUCGUCCACGAAUUGACGAGAAACAGGGACAAUUUGUACGAGAAACACCGCCAGAAAUGCAUAACGGCAUCGGAAAAGUACAACGGAGACAUUCUCAAGCAUUACAACGCACGCAAAUCCACUUCCGUCCUGGAUUUCCGCUCAGAAAUCCACAUCGGUCCGAAAUACUCCGACUCAAAAUCCGUGGAGGAUUUGGACGCAAUAGACACCCCAUCGAAGAGCACCAACAGAAUCUACAAAAAAAUCCAGGAUUGUCGCAGCGUUAAAUCAUUGGAUUUCGACUCGGACUGCAACUCCAUCUCCACAAGGCUCCACAACGGGAACACCAAGAGCGUGGACUACGCGUCGGAGCCCCUGGAAAGCAACAAAAAAAUGUCGUACUAUCAUGGCUACUACAACGACAACCACAAAUCUAGACCCACUCCUCCCAAAAAACCUCUGCGGUUAUCCCUGCACAAAACCCAAAGUUUGCAGUCGGUUGAAACGCCUCCACAGACUCCCCAUGAUUCCCCCACCAAACACGAGUCCAGGAAAUCCUUGAAGAGAAACUACAGAGGAGAAAUACCCAUCUGCGUAACUAUUAAAUCCAGCGAACAAAACGGGGAUUACACGAAUAAUAAAUGGGGCAAUUUUAAGCGAGGCAUCGAGUACUCAGCAGAGAACGGAAGUUGGUGCUGAUAUUUAACCUAGAUGAUAUAUUUAUUAGAUAUAUUUUUACUUUAGUGUUUAAGUUAUUGUACAAAAGUUGCUUUAAAUCCGUACUCAAACGACUGAAUAAAAUUUUAUCAAAGCA